AUGGCAGCAGCAGAGAAGAGUUUUGGAGAAAAAAAGUAUGAAGAAUGUUUAAAAGAUGUUUCUUGUGAUACAGAUUGUGUAUUAUAUGAAGUUUUCCAAAAUUUAUAUAUUGGAAGUUUGAAAGGGUUUAAAGAAGAGAUUGCAAAAAAAAGGCAUAAUAUUACACAUAUUAUAAAAACAGUGGAGUUUUCUGAUAUUGCAGAUUUAUCAGAUUACAAGGUUCUAUCUUUGGAUAUUCUUGACAAAGAGCAAGAAAUUAUAGUGGACUACUUUGAACAAUGUAUAAAGUUUAUUCAAGAUUGCUUUUAUGCAGGCCUACAAAAUAAAAUAUUAAUUUUUUGUCAAGCAGGUAUAUCGCGGUCUACAACAAUUGCAGCGGCAUAUUUAAUGCAAACGUUGAAAAUAUCAAAAGAAGAGGCUAUUACAUUCAUAAAAAAGACACAUCCAAAUGCUCAGCCUAAUUCAGGUUUUAUAGAGCAAUUACAAUUAUUUGAAGAAUGUGACUAUACGCCGAAUCAAAAAAAAAAGAAAUAUAGACAAUGGCUACUUAAACAUAAGGCUGACGUGUCUUUGAAUGAUAAAACAAUACCAUCUAUUUCUUUAUACAUGGAACACGAAUCAGCGGAUGGCCAAAUAAGCCUUAAAUGUAAAAAAUGCAGAUUUUUACUAGCCAAUUCUAACUAUAUUAUUGAUCAUGAGCCGUUGUCUAACGAGACGAAUAAAAUGCCUAUUUAUUCUUCUCAAUGUACACAUUUUUUCCUAGAACCACUUAUAUGGAUGAAAAAAGAAUUAGAUAGUGGGAAUAUAGAAGGAAAAUUUACUUGUCCUAAAUGUAAUUCACGAAUAGGAAAAUAUGCAUGGCAGGGUAUGACAUGUAGUUGCAAAAAAUGGGUAACACCCGCUUUAAGUGUGCAAAAAGGAAAAAUCGAUAUAGUAAAAACAAAGUAA